GGGGACGUGUUUGUGGAGAUGCAUCCUGUCUGGAUCGCCUUCAUGUGCGUCUUUUACAUCGUGGUGGGAUUCUUCGGCGUCUUUGGCAACUGCAUAGCCUUGGUCGCCCUGGCCGCCACCCCAAAGCUCCGUAACACCUGCACGGCGCUCAUCGGUAACCUCUGCGCGACCGACCUGAUCACCGCCAUCCAGCUGCUCUUCCUGAUGACUCCGACGCAGCUGAAUAAGGGUUUCCCCGAGAACUGGGCCCUGUGCAAGUUCAUGGUGUACCUACCGACCACGACCUAUAGCGUGUCGCUCACCACACUCAUGUUCAUCGCUGUCAACAGGUAUUUACUGAUCACGCGGCCACGGACCUGCUUCAGGACCUGCUGUGGUAGCAAACAGGUGGCCGUACACAUUGCUUUGAUCUGGUUCAUCAAUUUUGUGGUCGUCGUGUUAUCAGCUUUUACAGGCGUUAGCCCUGCAGUAUACGACCGCGAAGGGCAGGGCUGCUACGCUGAAACUAACUGGUGGCUCGGGACCAUCACGCUGUCCUUCUAUGUGGUCAUUCCCGCUUUCGUAGUCGUGCCGUUACUUUACGGGUUGACCGUGUACGCCGUAAGAGCCAGUCACCGGCGGGUGCACGCCCGAAACACAACCGGCGAGCAUGCAUCGGCGGCCCUGUCGGUUCAGGGCAGCGACACCAGGGUUAUCCCGUCGUUAUCCAACAACCAGAACGUUACGGCCCCGCAUCCCCACCAAAUCAGCAAGCGAGAGAUCAACUUCACCAAGGUCCCCAUCCUGAUUUUCACCGUCUUUGCCGUCUGUUGGAUGCCGCAGCUUAUCUACCACAUUGGAAGCCGCUUCGUGAAGGUGUCUGUCUAUUACCGCAAGGUGGCAUUGCUGUUCAUCUGGGCCAACUCGGCCAUCAAUCCGUAUCUAUAUGCGUGGACCAACCGGAAUUUUAGGCAGGCAUACAAGAGGAUCCUGAAAAAUUGUAAGAGGAGACCCUAAACUCUAGGUUUGUUGUAGACUCAGACGAUCUAAUUUAUAUGCAGUUUGAGGUAUAGGUCUUUACAGGAGACAGAAAUGGUUAGCAUGCUUUAAGAACUUGAAAGGUAUUACACGGUAUAAAAAUAAUAUCCUACUCAGCCGGUACUUCGUACCCUAUUACUAAGUCCUGAACUUCAUUUUGAACAAGCAAUGGCUUGCAGAAGAAUAAAGGGACAUUUUCCAAUGCAAGGCUUCAUAAACAUACACCAGUUUUGCUCUCAAAUCCCUUUCCAAAGUAAAGCUGAAAUAUACGGUGACGUAAAGUAGGGAUUAGGAUAAGUUAACGAGGAAGCUAUACAGUGUCGGAUGACUUACAGCUUCAUAUUAAGAAAGCAGAACACAAGUGUUUGAGCACACAUACGGAAUAGGUAUGCACGAACUCCACCGAUAUAUACGCCAAGAACUUAACAGCAUCAAUUCCGAACAAAUGUUUCGUCAUUUCUGGUAUAGAGAUUCAUAUGAGACACUCAGAUUUAAUAAUCCUAAAAAAAACACUGUAACUCCGUCCAUACUGUCUAGUUAACUUUGCCAGGCUUGUUCUUUCACUAACCUCGUAUUUUGACACACUGUGUUGGACUCGAAAAAGGACUUCAUUGCUUCACAUAUUGUACGCAACAACAUUCUCACUCCGGUCAAUUUUGACGGAACUCAAACUGCCUUGGUAACAAACGGAUGAUAAUUGUUGCAAUCCAGACUAACAUCAAUGUAAGGCUAAGACCCCCCGCCCCAUAUAGAGCGCCGAAGUGACUACGUCACACGCACACUUAUGUGUGUAAAAGGUAGCAGCGAGAGUACCAGCGCUUGAACCAACGCGCGCUUACUUCAUUCGUUUGUAGGGCAUCUACUGGUUCUAAAUGACGUCACAUUCGGUACUCUCUGGCCGAGUUCGGGCGGCUUGUUCCCGUAUGUUCCCGAACAGUUCGAUUUCUUGUUCGCCGGUCGGCCGCUCGAA